CUCAUGAAGAUGGACCACUGUAUUACCCAACCGUCAGCACCAUCAGCCUGGGCUCCCACACUGUCCUUGAUUUCUAUGAACCUCGGCAGCCAGAGGAUGAUGUCCCCAUAGAACAGCGAUGGCCCUGUUCCCAGCUCUUGGCCAUGGAUUCUCCUCAGAGCCCCUCAGUCAGCCUCAGGGUGCUCCUAGGGAGCUGGACGUUGCUGGAUGGACCAUCAUGCCUGCAGAGGAGACAAACAGGUCAGAGCAGGCCCAGGCCUCCUUGGGCCCUCCUGAACACGUCACAGGUGAACUGAAGGACACUGAGCCUGCCAGCAGCGCCCCAAGACUACCCCUGGCCUCUUCCCGUGAGCAUCAAGAUGGGGGCAAGCCCCGUGAGCAUGCUGUCUCUGGCCUGGAAGUACUAGAAACUGAGCAGGACAGUCUCCAUCUUUGUCUGUUGGGAUUGAGCUUCCAGCUACAGGACCUGGAACAAGGCCUGGGAUCAUGGACACUGGCCCACAGCAGGAUGGUCCAGCUGCAGGCCCUGCAGGCAGAGCUACGAGGGGCAGCAGAGCGUGUGGAUGCAUUACUGGCAUUUGGUGAGGGGUUGGCAGAGAGGAGUGAGCCCAGGGCCUGGGCAUCUCUGGAGCGGGUCCUGAGGGCCCUUGGAACCCACCGAGAUACCAUCUUCCAACGACUCUGGCAGCUACAGGCCCAGCUGAUCAGCUAUAGCCUGGUGCUUGAGAAGGCCAACUUCCUGGACCAGGACUUGGAAGUUGAGGGAGACUCAGACGGGCCAACACCUGGUGGAAUCUGGGGGCCCUGGGCACCUAGUACCUUCCCGACUCCUGCAGAGUUGGAAUGGGACCCAGCAGGGGAUGUUGGGGGUCUUGGGCCCUCAGGGAAGAAGAUAUCUCGGAUACCAGGAGUUCCCUGUGAGCUGUGUGGCUACAGGGGACCCCAGGGCAGCGGACAGGGCCUUGAGGACCUGCUCACGUUGGGGCUCGGCCACCGGAAACAUUUAGCAGCUCACCACCGAAGGCAUCUCCGGAAGCCUCAGGACAAGAAGAGACAAGCGUCUCCUAGUCCACCGGAUGUGAUGCUGGAGGUGGAUCCCAGGGUCCCGGCUUCUGCUUCCAGGCGACCCCUGACGCUCUUCUUUCUCCUUCUCUUCUUCCUUCUGGUGGGUGCCACAUUGUUGCUGCCCUUGUCAGGGGUCCCCUGCUGUCCUCAUGCCCGACUGGCCAGGACGCCCUACCUGGUGCUCAGCUAUGUCAAUGGUCUCCCUCCAAUCUGAGUCCAUGGUCCAGACAUGUGCAUUAAAUGGUUACUUUUCCAAAGAUGGCUGAAAACAUUGAGUGUUUUGAGAACUUGGAAACAGAGACAAGACAGCCUGGAUAUGUUUCGACGGCCUCUUCUACACUCCUGUGUCUGAGGGUAGAACACAGGACUGGAGGAUCCUACCUUAAUUGAGGUUUCCCAGACUGUAAUGCAAGAUUAAAGCCCAAGCUGUUGGUUCCAGAGCUGACAAAAGGAAGAGUGGUAGGAGAGGAGGAUGCGGUCCAGGAAAGGGAGGAAGCUGGUGGCUGCUAUCGGUACCCAGAGUACCAAAUGGCUGGGGACCCUGGGAAACCAUAGGGAGCACACUCGAACUUGUUCCAGGCUUCCACACCUCCCCAGAGAGGUCUCUUCCUGGGAAGGCAGACUCCCUAAUAUGUCCUGUCUGCCUAUCCUUCCGUGAACACUUCGUCUCUGGGGGCUGGGAGAAAAAGAAUAGCGCAGAUGGCACCUGCCACCGGAAGUUAGAGGCAGGUGCGAGGCUGAGGCAGGUGGGUGAGCAGCCAACACCCAUGCGGUCUCACAUUCAUUCUGGGGAUGUGCCCACAUUCUACAGGGAGGGUGUGCAGGCUGAGUUAUCACUAGCUCAGAAUUGUGAGACACCCUCUUUUCUGGGAGAUAUUUUUCCCUGGUAGGGUCUUACCACACAGGCCAGGGCAGUUUUGAACCCCCAGUUUUCCUCAACCUCCAGAGGACUGGGAUUAUAGAUGUGUGCCUUCAGGCCUAGUUAAUAUUCCUGUUCUGGGGCUGGAGAGAUGGCUCAGAGGUUAAGAGCACUGGCUGCUCUUCCAGAGGUCCUGAGUUCAAUUCCCAGCAACCACAUGGUGGCUUACAACCAUCUGUAAUGAGAUCUGGUGCCCUCUUCUGGCAUGCGGGCAUACAUG